AGCAAAACAUGAUAAAUAAGUUUGCCCUGACAAAAUUGCGAGAAGAUUUUCUGUGGCUAGCGUUUUCUAUUGUCCCCCUUUGUCUCCAAAUCAGAUUGAGCAGAUGUUGCCAACUUAAAACCAGCUAGACCGCCCGCACUUUCAUAACUAUUGUCAAAGUUUGAACUCAGCUGAAAUUUCCAAAGCAUGAAGGUCUUCAUCGUUUUACUGUUAUCGAGUGUUGUAGCGGGCAAGGAUUACGAUAUUGACUGUGACAAUGUCAACCCGGAGGCUAAGAAGUUUGUCGAUGAGGGAAUCCCUUCAGCUCUUGUUUUCAUGAUCAGCAAGACAACUUGCCCGUACUGUACCAGAGCUAAACAGACACUGAAAGACAUCGGAUUCCACGAAGAUGAUCUGAACAUAGUCGAACUAGAUGACUUUGAUGCAGAUUUUAAGAGCGAUAUUCAGGAUUAUAACUGGUGUGUUACAGGAGGAAGGACAUUCCCUCGCGUCUGGGCAAACAAACAGGUAGUCGGAGGUGCUGACAACACCAAAGAAGGAUACUACUCUGGAAAGUUAAUCACCCUGGCGUACGAGGCCAGACUGAAACGAGCUGCCAAGGAAUUUGUGGACACUGCGGUGGAGAAGAGCGGAGAUAACACCUACCUUCUUAUCUCCAAGAAGGGCUGUCCUUUCUGUGUGAUGGCUGAGAUGUGUCUUAAAAGAAUGCUUAUUCCAGCCAAUAGAAUGAGAGUACACGACAUCAAGGAAUGGGACACUCACGAUCAGAUCAAGGAGUACGCUGGAGAACUGACCGGAGCUUCUAGCACUCCUAGGAUCUGGCUCAACAAGAAGCUGAUCGGUGGUUACACAGAACUGAAGCAAUUCAUGGGAUGCUAGAAAGUUCUGCAGAAGAUAUCACGUGUCCUUGUAAGAUAUUUCACUUACUUCCAGUCAAUACAUUUGUGUUA